UAUGCUUGCCAAGGUGUGAGCCCCACUGUUUCCAUUCUCAUCCGUUAAUAUGCCAAUAGUGAAGUGCUUGUCCAACAUAAGCACUAUGCCCAACACAAUUUCCGGUUCUCUUCGCAACCGAGCGACACUCACCCCUUAGCCUCGAUGUCUCACUUGUCAAUUAAAGUCAAAUCCAGACUGCUGAUUAAGCAAUAUAACCAUCAAGCAGGACACCUGCCUAUUCGCGAUGAGUCAACCCUCACUUGCCACCAAACCAAACCCACCACCGGGUUUCUGUCCACCACCAUGAAACAUACCAUGGAUGAAACAAGUACUACGGCAGAAGGAUCAAAUCGUAUACCCCUCGACAAUAGUGGCCACGGCCCCCUCCGAGUCCCCGGCUUCGGAGACAUCCCCAUCGAGUAUGAGCUCCCACCCAAAGCCCGCUUUGCCCACGGCAUCCGCGAAUGGCGACAGACCCCUGCCGUCACGGCUCGCGAAUUGGCCAUGGUGGCGGUAAUGAACAACCUGACCGAUCACCCCGACUGGCAUGUGGAUAUCUUCAAUGACGAGGUUGUUGCGCUCUGGAAAAAAGAGGCCUUUGACACGACCCCCCUCAUGAGUGAAAAGGCGUGGGACUGGUGUUUGAAAGAACUGCGUGAUAAAGCAGUCUACUUUCGCGAGAAUCAACACAUUCGGGUGCUGGACACAGGAUCCUGUGUGUGUAAAUCGGAUACUCCAACCCUGCGCUCUCUGGGCGCUGUAUUCAGAUGGGCAGUUCCCCCCCUACUCAGACAGCAGAAGCAGCAGCAGGGUCUGGAUUGGCGGACCAAGCAGUUAUUAAAAAUUGUCGAUCCGUUGUUAUUCCCAUUGGUAUAUGGGAAGAGCCUGGUCUUGACGGAUGGAGGGCGAGUCGACCUGCACGACAUUCAUGGCUCCUACAAACAUGCGACAGUCGCGCCGAAACAGUUCGAUAGGCGUGUGGACUCCCCGUAUGUGCAGAGUGAGAUAGAAAAACGGCCUCAGAAUCCCAUGGGAACCACCCCCCGAGAUAGGUUAGAGACCAAGUUCUAUCGUUGGAGCUGGAACUACCAGUGUCUUCCCUGCGAGGUAGAGUUUCUUAAGGACUCCGGUACCGAGGUGCGGAUUACCUCGUAUAUCAAUAACAUACACCCGGCUCAUAAAGGGCUGUACGACGCCAUUGAGAAACUUGUUUCCCUGGCAAUCAGGCCGUGGAAUGAUUGCCUGGUUCAAGGGCAGGACGGCUGGAGGGAUGUGUCCAACCACGGACAGCUGGGGCCCGUCCCACUGCGAAUCAUCACAUACGGUAUUGAAUGGGACAAUGAACUUCCUGAAUGGGCUACUGCUUUCAAUGUGCCCUCAGAUGUCAAGAAAAGAAUGUAUCGUCGAUAUCAAGAACGGUUGCAGAGGAGCAUGGAAGAUCAAACAAAAGCCGGCAGGAAAGAGCAUCGUAAGAUGCAGGAAAUGCUAGCUUCUUUCUGGGAUGUUGCGGGCAAAGAAGACAUGGAGCUGCCCCCUCCAGACUCAGACUUAUGGCAGAAAGCAAGAGAGUAUCUUGAACUCCCCGAGGAUGGAUCAACCACUCUUGUUGCACUCCCAGACGACUGGAAAUCCUACCCGUGGCGAAGGCUUCAACAAAAGGUUUGGCGGGUGCUUCGCUGGAAACAUCCAGAGCCAGGAACUGCCUUUUCGUACGAAGACUGGAAGACUGGCCGACACGACGAUCGGGCCAUUAUUGACAUUGUCCGCGAUCGACCAGACUGGGGCCUCGAGCGACCAUUCCACCCGGUAAUCCCAGCCCACACUCCCUAUAUGAUCACCCUCCAGGACACCUUCCGGAAGCAAGGCUUGCAGGUCAUUGCGGAGAUGGACAACAUCGAGGUCACGCCAGAAGACCCCAGCUAUUCCGACGAUAGCUGGCGACUACCGGGCCAGUUGAACGAGCACAUUGUGGCUGUGGCAGUAUUCACCUACGAGGUGCACAAUAUCACCGAGCCCCGCAUGGCAUUUCGCCAGCACACCUGUCUUGAGGGCUCCUACUAUCGCUACUUCGAAGAGGAAUACACCACGCGAAAUUAUUCUCCGGAUGCUAACCCUGCCCACCGACAGGGCAAGACACAUGGCUUAGAAGUUGACGCAUUGGAGAAGAUCCUGGGAUUUUCACCCGGACAGCUCUCGACUGAUAACUACUGGGGUCGGUCAUUCCAGGACGCCGGCUCCAUUGCUACACCCCAGGGGCGAUUGGUCACAUUCCCCAACGUCCGGGAACACCGGGUGGAACCAUUCAAGCUGGUUGAUCCCACUAUCUCGGGGCAUUACCGUUCAAUCAAGCUGUACCUGGUCGACCCCCACUACCGGGUAUGUUCAACCCGCAAUGUGCCACCGCAGCAGCAUCACUGGUGGGCACAAGAAGUGAGCAGCGAUCUUGCCACGGCGGGACUACCUCGCGAAAUGAUAGAUGAGAUCAUGCACAGGACAAACAACUGGCCGAUGGGCAUGCAAGAAGCGAGAAAUCACCGGCGGGAACUCAUCAAAGAACACCGGUGGAAUGAGAGGACCAAACUGGGUAGUAUGUCCAGCCCUGGGUUUUGAUAUUAGAUAUUAGAUAUAGAAUUUCAUCGUCAUCGAUGUCCAUGAAAAUGAUGGGAAAAAAGAAUGGAAAAAAGAAAAAGGAAAAAGGAAAAGGCUGCACGAAUUACCAUACACAGAAUGCCAAUCCCAAGAUUGCCAGACUGUAGCUAAU